AUGUCUCUUCUGGACGCUUCAUUUCAGUGUUUGUCGCUGCCUCGUGUCCUCGUAGCUCCAGAGUACGACCUCGUAGGUCUCUUAGCUCUAGAGUACGACUUCGUAGGUCUCAUAGCUCCAGAGUACGAUCUCGUAGGUCUCAUAGCUCUAGAGUACGACCUCGUAGGUCUCAUAGCUCCAGAGUACGAUCUCGUAGGUCUCAUAGCUCCAGAAUACGACCUCGUAGAUCUCAUAGCUCCAGAGUACGACCUCGUAGGUCUCUUAGCUCUAGAGUACGACUUCGUAGGUCUCAUAGCUCCAGAGUACGACCUCGUAGGUCUCUUAGCUCUAGAGUACGACCUCGUAGGUCUCAUAGCUCCAGAAUACGACCUCGUAGGUCUCAUAGCUCUAGAGUACGACCUCGUAGGUCUCAUAGCUCCAGAAUAUGACCUCGUAGGUCUCAUAGCUCCAGAAUACGACCUCGUAGGUCUCAUAGCUCCAGAAUACGACCUCGUAGGUCUUAUAGCUCCAGAAUACGACCUCGUAGGUCUCAUAGCUCCAGAAUACGACCUCGUAGAUCUCAUAGCUCCAGAAUACGACCUCGUAGGUCUCAUAGCUCCAGAGUACGACCUCGUAGGUCUCAUAGCUCCAGAGUACGACCUCGUAGGUCUCAUAGCUCCAGAGUACGACCUCGUAGGUCUCAUAGCUCCAGAAUACGACCUCGUAGGUCUCAUAGCUCCAGAAUACGACCUCGUAGGUCUCAUAGCUCCAGAGUACGACUUCGUAGGUCUCAUAGCUCCAGAGUACGACCUCGUAGGUCUCAUACCUCCAGCGUACGACCUCGUAGGUCUCAUAGCUCCAGAGUACGACCUCGUAGGUCUCAUAGCUCCAGCGUACGACCUCGUAGGUCUCAUAGCUCCAGCGUACGACCUCGUAGGUCUCAUAGCUCUACAGUACGGCCUCGUAGGUCGUACCACCCCAA